AUGGGAGGAAGAAAAAGCAAAACUUACCUUCUUCGUGAGGAAGUGGUAGCCGGUCGGUCACCUUCUAAGAAAAGAAGUCGAUUUUCUUGCUAUUUCCUCUCCUUCAGACGNAAGAAAUGGACGGUUAUUAAAGACUUUCAUUCGCCCUAUGAUGAUGUGAUCUUCAGGGAGGGGCGUUUUUAUGCAAUUGAUAAUACGGGGAGAACUGUUGUCGUGAAUCUGGAUGAAGGGGGAUCUCCUAGUGUAAGUGUUGUUGCGCAUUCGAUUUUUGGCGGGGACAAGAAAUUCUUGGUGGAUUCAUUUGGAGAUUUGUUGUUAGUCGAUAAGUAUUUGUCUGUUGGCCCGGAGGAUGAUCUGGGGUACAUUGAAGAUAUUGGGUUCUACGAGGAAUUUGAUUGUUAUACGAGUGAGCGGACAGUGAAGUUCAAAGUAUUUAGAUUGGAUGAAAAUGCUGAAAAAUGGGUCGAAGUGACUAAUUUGGGUGAUAAGUUGUUGUUUCUAGGUGAUAAUUGUACAUUUUCAGCUUCUGCUUUGGAGGUGUUUGGGGAUAAUGGGUGUAAAGGUAAUUGUAUUUUCUUUACAGAUCAGUUCUUUAGUGGCAGGGAGGAUGAUUGGGUGUGGAAGAGUCGUGGUAUUAGAGUGUUCAAUUUGGAGAGUGGGCGUAUUGGGCCAAUUGAUAGUCAAGAUGGUUAUUCCGACAUGUUUUGGCCACCACCUGCUUGGGUUUGUUCUAAUGUGUCUGUUGAAGCUGAGCUAGAACGAUUGGCUAUUUAACUUUUAUCAAUACUUGUGAGCCAAACAAGAGUACCAGUUGGGAGGACAGAAGUUAUUGAUAUUUAUGACCAUCUGUCUACAUAUUUGACAGCUUCAGCAGCUAGCUAUUUCUUAUUUUCAGUUUUAAGGUUUUUCAUGUACUAAUCUUAUGCUAGAAGUAAGGUUGAUGACUAACAAUGUUACUACUUGAUUGCAUAUUUCUGUUCAUUUUUAUGUGGAAUGAAAUUCAACUUGUUGUCUAAUGAUAUUAAGCGAUUUUGGUAUGUGAAGACCAUUAUUUCUCCA